AUGCGGCAGCUCCCGGGGCCGGGCCUCCGGGUUUUCUUGCGGACACCGGUGUUGGUGAAGAUGAAGAGCACGUGGCGGGGCGCAGCCCGCGGCGGCGUUGGUGGAGAAGGUGGCCGCGGCGUCGAGCCCGGCGACGGCAAGGAUGGUGAAGAAGCUCGCGGCGUUGAAGGCCGCGGCGGUGAGGACGUGCCCGAAGAGGGCGGCAAUGCCGGCGGCGUUGAAGGCCGCGGCGGUGACGAUGAUGAGGAAGGGAAUGCGCGCACGUGGAGCGCCGGCAAGAAGCGACCGUGGUACGGGAGAGCGUUGGAUUGCCUGCACAUGUGGAUGCAGCCUGCCGUAGCGCCGCCGCCGGCGUCGGGGGAGGACGGGAGUCCGCGCGUCUGCUCUUCUUUGAAGGCCGCGGCGUUGGCGUUCGCGAGGCUUUUGCGGCUCUGCGCCCCGGCGUGCUCCCACGAAGCCGUCCUGCGGCUGGGCGUGCACGUCGACGCCGCAGCGCCGACGCCGAGGAGGAGCGGCAGCUGUUCGGCCGGUGAUAUCUCUCCCGCCCCGGCGGUGUCUGCUCCGACCAGGCCUCCGGUGGCGCCGGCGUGGGAGGGGACGAUGAGGAGGGGGAGGUCGCUGACGGACCGCGCGUUGAUGCGGAGGUUCGUGCUCGACGAGCUGGCCGCGCGUCGGCGCGAGGAGACGGUGCAUGUCGAGAGACGACGCUCGAGACAGAAGUGGCAGCCGCCAGGGAACAGCCGCCUCCGACGGAUGUCGCUUGCUGAAGAGUGAACAUGGGGGUCAGCGAACCGUUUGUGCUAGCCUAGCUGAAAUGCUGAAGCUCACACCGUGGGCAGCAGUUGUUUUGUUCUUUUUCGGGGGAGAAGACCAACCUUUGGUUGUGCUUGUUAAUGGCACGAGCUAAUUAGGGCUCAUUUCAU